CGGCAGCGUUGACGUUUCGUCGCCAAAACACACACAAUACAAAAAAUAAUACGGAAAUCGCGCCUUUACCGCAGUUCGCAUUGAAAUCGUUUCGCUUCACUUCGGUUUCAGUUGAGUUCAGUUCGUAUCCCUUUUAUCCUUUGGCGUGUAACGUGUAACGGUUCCUUGUGCCAAUUCAAAACGCGUUUAAGCCGCAAGUGCGAUUUACUGUACUCGCUGUCCGUGUGUGUCUCUGUGUGUGUGUGUGUGUGGCACGCUCGUCAAUUCUCUAAUCAACUUAUUCGUUGCGUGAUUCCUUCCGCGCGCUAAUCCCUUUAAUCAGAUUAGCAGCACCUAACAAAAAAAAGUACUGGACACAGGACAACGACGACAACGACGUGGACCACAACACGACGCUUGACGCUUUUGAAAUUUGGCGCUCACGCUCUUGGUGCUGCGAAAUUGCUUUAGGCCGUCGGUUAAUUGAAACCCCAGUCAACGAGCCAACGAGCCAACGACCGCAAACGGCGGCAAUUGGCUAUUUAACGCCCGCAGUUUCGCAUUUUAUUUUCUAACAGCCAACAACAGGAGAACCAAAAGGUUUUCUUUUUCGGGGUACGGAAUGAAGCUCGUGGUUUAUCUCUACUUGUCCAUGAUUGUGCUGGGCGUACAGGCCUGGCCAACAGUGAAGCGUUCUUUUGAGCUGUAUCCAGGCGCGGCAAUGCCCUACAACGAGCACAGAAUCUCAGAUUGCAUGCAUGUGACCUCCGAACCAGGUGAUUUCAUUUUCAAGAAAUCAGCGCCAUCGCCAGCAGCGUCUCCCUUGGCCGGACUCAAUUUCAGUCCAAACGCCGACCUGCUCGAGUUGGGCAACGAGGAGUUGGAGGCAGCUGCCGUUGCUGCCGCAGCCGCAGCUGCUGCUGCCACAGCGGUAACAGCGGAGACCGUGUGUGGCCUCUAUGUGAUUGGCGAACCCGACACGAUUGUCGAAAUCACCAUGAAGCACUACGAUGUCAACUGCGAGACGGGCGGACUAAUGGCGUUUGUGGAUGGUUGGGAGCUGAAUGGCGAAUACUUUCCGGCUGUCAAGGAUCAUCAUCGAGUUCUCGAAGAUCGCGUCUAUGAGUUUUGCAACAACAACAAACAAUGGCCACGCUACAGCAACAAGAAGUUCUUCCGCUCAAGUCAGAAUGCUGCCUUGCUUCAAUAUCGCAUACCAGGACGUGGAUCCUUUGUGGCCAACGUGCGUUUCCACAAGAUAACCCAACCCUGCAAUGUGCUGGUUCAGGAUACCGCUGCUGUCUAUAAGAUGUCCAACUUUGGACACGCUCGCAACUGCACGCUCUCGGCACUCUUUCCGGCUGCCAUCUCGCUGGGCAAUCUGCGCAUUGGGAGCAAGAGUGUGCGUGCUCAGGAUAAGGUUAACUAUGAUUGCCAUCUGCUUGAGGAUCGCUUGGAGAUUGGCGGCUCGGCUGGCCUGGACACCAGCAGCAUGGAGUUGGCCAGCUCGGUUUGUGGCGCCAGCGCUGAACUGGGUCCCGAGCAGGCCAUCUACUGUGGCGUGACCAGUGUGCGAUUGGUGUCGACGGGACGCUAUCAGAAUCAGGCAGCGGUCAUCGUACGCAAGUCGGAUGAACAUGAUCUGGACAUUGCCACGCUGAUGUGUGCGCUCUAAGCGGCUUAACUGGAUUAAUUGAUGUUGAUGUUGAUAAACUGUUGGAUGAGGCCGGCACAAUGAUUACAAUUUCACAUUUGUAAAUAUGUAUGUGGUUGGAAGAUAGCGAUAAUGAGAUAUGGAAAGAGAGAGAGAUAAGGAGAGCGAGAGCGAGCAAAC